UCCCGAUCCCAAAUAUCACUUCCCAUUCAACCACUGUUGCUCUGAAAGUGAACUUCGGAACGAACCAAACGGAAGCACACGAUACAGUUGUAUUCAAAUCGAUACAAAAAAAAGACCAACCAAAACAAAACAAAACAAAACAGAGCAGAGCAGAGCAGAACAGCACAGCACAGAACAGAACAGAACACAACAGAAACAACAAAGAUUCAUCGAUGCAGUACCGAGAGGAAAAGUCUUUUCCACACUACUACAACGUCGUCAUCGAAUCUCCGCUCCCUCAAACCGAUCGACAGUGCUUUUGGUACAACAGCAACGACAUUUCCGACAUCCAGAGUCCAAGAAGCAGCAAGAAUCACAAUGAGAGCCUCCUCCUCGGUCUCCACUCCUCCCUCAUCUGUUUCAAGAUUGCCCUGUGCGUCCUUUUGUGAUUUCGAGGCGUCUUUUAAGGACAUGUUUCGAUGCCAAGGCGUCGAGUUUGCGAUCGGCGACGGCAACGACAUCCUCGCGGGAAGAGACUCCGACACCAUAUCAGCCACCAGCUCGGCGAGCACCGUCUCCCAGCGAUCCAUCCUUGUGAUUGGUUCCGACGAUGCGAUUGAGGUCGACGUCGACGUCGACGUCGACGCGGACUGCGAAUCGGCCAGGGACUACCUGGAGCGUGUUUCGAACAACAGGAGCAAGAACACCGACACCUCAAGUGCCAGCCAACAAGAAGAACAACGGGACGAGACAUCGUCGUCUGGUUCCUCCUCCCCACGGCCGUCCCCCCGGGGCAAGAGCAAGGGCAACAAGAAGCACCACAAGCUCUACCACAUUAUUCGAUCCCGGAGCAGCAGCAACAGCAACAGCGAGGUCCCUUCCUCCCCCAGGCGACGGCGCAGGCCGUCCUUUGGGUCCUAUCUGAAACGGAACGAUUCCGAUUCCACCGACAGCACCCGCUCUCUCAGCGAGGACGAGAGCGAGCGACAGCCCCGAGAGCAAGAAAAACAGCCCCACGACCUCGAGCCCAAGGACUCGGACGACACCCGGGACAGCUGCGAACCCGACAGCGGUCGAGAGGAAAGGCAAGCACAGGCACAACCGAAACCAACGGCGUCUCCGCUCCCGCGAAACGGCGCUCUGGACGGCCGUCCGGUCUCGAUUCUCCGGCGCAAGGAACGGUCUGCGGACCUGACGAUUGCAGGCAGCGGCAGGAUCCUCACCUUUGCCCCGUGCACGGUCUUUGCGGACCCGGCCGAGCCCCUCCGGGCCCGCCGGAAAAUCCCCCGGCUGCCGAGGCAGAGGGUGAGCAUCCUGGUGGUGGAGGGAACGACCGGAGCCUGCUCGAAGCGGGAGGUUCUCCUGAGCCUGCCCCGGUCCUCGUCGAAUUCGAAUCCGCGUUUGCGCUCCUCGGCGUCGUCGUCUUGCUACUCUUCCGGUUCCGGAUCGACCGAUCGCUCCAGCGACCGCGAAAGGAGGCGGCUCUUGCGGAGGGCCCAGCAAAAGGAGGCGCUGCUGAUCGAGCAAUCGGCCAGCAGCGAGCUAUUGCUCCCGGCCUCAAACGGGUGCUACGUCUUUCGGUGAGGAACGAAACUGCUGCGAUACGGUACGAUACGAUACAGCACCACAUCGCACGACAUCGCACCACGAAAGAGCACACACAGCAUUAGAACACACCGCGACACCCAAACGAGGCACGCCUCACACACAGCAUACAUCACACUGCGCACCGCGACGCUCGGCGAGGCACGGAUGCAAUUCAACACGACGCUAUUCACGGGACGACCAAUUUUUGGCACCAUUGUUACAACAGCUUUUCGAAUAAUACAAGAGUUUAGAA